AUGGAUUUCAAGCGUGUGAAGGACUACUUCUCCUGGCUCUACUAUCAAUACCAAAUCAUUAGCUGCUGUGCUGUCCUGGAGCCCUGGGAGCAAUCCAUGUUCAAUACCAUCUUACUAACCAUUGUUGCUAUGGUGGUGUACACCGCCUAUGUUUUCAUCCCAAUCCACAUUCGUCUGGCUUGGGAAUUUUUCUCCAAAAUGUGUGGCUAUCACAGUACAAUUUCGAAUUGAUCUUGUUUGCAUUCUGUGACUUGGCAUUGCCUAUGUAUAUGUUGCUUACAACUUACCGAUUUAUGUGAAUACUAUGUCUUCUUUCACUGUCUGCUCUGAAAAGCUCUCUUCUCUAUGCACUCUUAUAUCUUGCCUGAAAUGUGGGAUAGAUGCCUUUUAGGUUCUUUCAUAUACUCUACAUUGUGCAUCAACCAUAUAACACAAACAUCUUACCUCACAUGCCAACCAUGUUCUCUCAACUGAAAC